AUGGACUUCCGGCGGGUUCCAGAGGCUCAAGAGUUCACACACCAUAUGAAUAAUGUAAUGCGUUCCAGCACUUUGUCUCACCAUGGAAUACCUCCUUCGAUUAUGUCUACUAGAGUUCAGUCACUGGCUAGCGACAUUUACAAAGAGCUGGAGCAUUUAGUCGCUUCUUACGGCAACAAAUUUCUUCACAAUCUUAUGCCUUUAAUCAUUUCCGCUUUGGAAACUGUUGACCUCCUUGACACUGAAAAGAAAAAUUUGCAGCUAGAUAUGGCUGUCCUUCGGGAGGACCAAAGUCAUCUUCUUGUUGAAUACGAGAAAGAACGCUCUGCGCGUAAAUCGGUGGAGUCUAGGCUUCUGCAUAUUGAGGACGAAUUGGAAGAGGAGCGUAAAAUGAGAGCUGCCAAGGAAAAUGAGUUCAUAGGAAACUCUCGCCAACUGGAGUCCAAACUGAAAUGUUUAACCGAGCGAUUGUCUAGAUUUGAGGAAAAAGAAUGCGAUAUGUCGAAGGAAUAUCAAAAUCUUUAUAGCCGUUAUGUAUCUCUUCUACAGUACUUUGCUGCAUACGUCGAUCGAGUCCGAUAUGGUAUGGAAUGCAGCAAGUGCGACUCAUCUGGGACCAUCACUGACAACAAACCUGUUAACCAGGCAAAUGAAAUCACUUCCUCCAUUGUGCCUACUGAAACACUGGAACACACCUUGAGCGGCGGUCCAUCAUCGCCUUCAGCAGUUUACCGAACUCACUCUCUUAGCACCUUUGACCUCCACAACUUUGACGAUCCCCAUAUAACAGAAAACAGACACCGGCAAAUAUUAAAAAUUAUUUUAGAAACAACGCCCGAACUGCAAAAUUCUCAAUUUCCAGUUCAGAAUAUUCCAGAUACCAGCUUCGAUGAACUCUCUCAGGGGGAUUUUCUCAGCGAGGACGGUCACGACGAGAGAAGUUUUGAUGGCUCUUCCAAUGCUCCUCAGUCUUAUCAGGGUGAUUCUGCAAGCUUGGAUAUGUUCAACGGAGUCACUCGAGAAGUGAACAAUUUGGUAAAGGAAAACCAAGAUCUUGUUCAAACAAAAAACGCAUUGAAUGUUGUCACCAAUGACCUGAUUGGAAGACUAGACGAGUUAACAUGCGAAAACGCGAGGCUGUCCACGGAGCGUGACACUUUACUUUCCAAUGGCACUGGAUUAUUGGUCCGUAUCAACGAACUCGAGCAAGAGUGUAGGCGACUUCGCCAAGAGUUAGAAAGCACUGAUCCGCACAGUGCCUGUACAGAUUCCGAGUGCGACUCCGAUUCUUCGGACGGAUUGAAAGGAUCUGAUACUCCCUUCUCAAUGCGGAAUCGAUUUUCACGCCUUGAAAUGGCUCGUGUGCUGUUGGAGCGCAAUUAUUACAAGGAACAACUACUUGAAUUGCAAGAUUCUGUGCGUUUGACGGAGCUACUACGAGUGCAAAUGCGUGGUCACACCGAUACUAGCCCGUCACGGGGGCGCGGAGCGAUUCGGAUCUGGUUUUCCAAAUUGUUUACUGCAUCAAAGACGAAGGAAACAUGUCCCACCGCAGAAUAUGAGUCGACCGGUGACGCAACAUUUCAGGACAAGUCACCAUCCGGCUCUGUCGUGGGCACUGAAGCCGUCGAUUUUGAUCCUGCCACUCGCCAGGCUGAUUGCUGUUCAGCCGACGUUUCACGCCAACCGCCAUCUUUUUCUGGGGUCACCUCGUUGAAUACCAACUUGACACAUGCAUCUGGACGACGCGACUGGAUUCGUGCUUUGCGUUCCAUCACUGCCUCAAGUCUCAGCGAAUCAGCCAUACAUUCUUUGCCCAUCUGUUAUGUUCGUCCGGUAUCCGAGUGCGGGUCCUUUUUCCGGCUGAGUUGCGCCACCAUCACAUUUCUUGAUAAUGAGCACCCCUUGUACGAAUCCAUCGAUGGCAACAGUGUACUUCCUCCUGCUCUCAUCGGCUCUCAGCAUCCUGACUCUGCCCACAUGCAAGCUUCUGGUGAUGGCGCUUCUGAGGCGCCGAGCGCAUUGUCCGGACACGCUCCUGCUUACAGCAUCGCUUGCGAUGGCCUGCCUUCUAGUGUAAUUUGGUUAUGUUCAAACACUGCCGAACGCAUCUCAUCGUUUGGAAAAUGCACUCACACAAAGAACGCUUCGGCCGAAACCACAACAGUUCGAAGUCUGAUUACGAUAAUCAAUGCCGACGCCCCAUCCGCGACGCUGGACUGUUUUGGUAUUACCUCAUCGACCGUACUGUGCAUAAGUGCAAUCCCUGCCACGAAUUCGAGGAUUCAAGCACAUUUGCUGCAAACAACGAACUAUUGGCUGAGUAUACCACUUACUUUGUCUGAGGAGCUUCAGUCUUCGAACAGACGGCUACUUGGGGUGCACCAUUCUCAUGAAUGCUAUCCAGUCUCCAAUAUUCACGGUUCACAAACGCCCUGUCCCACUUCUUCACAUGCCACGAAUAACCAUCGGCAGCAUCUACAUCACAAUAUCGCUGACCUCGGCGUUUCGUCGCACAGUGAUCUCCCAUGCGUUUCACCUGUUAACGAAACGGUUAUCGAGCCUACCCCUACUUAUGUCAUCGAACGGAAAAGGUUCAGCACCUGUGCUUCGCCCGAUGUUGCAAAAAAUCCACCCUUCCAGCACAUAUCCUCGGGGUUACCCUCUUCCUCAACGUCCUCCUAUGUACCGGACUCCGUCGAGAAUCGUGCACCGAAUGAUACUGCUUUCUCCACUUCUCAGCCGACUGUCUGGAUCGGCUGUCAAAGUGGGGACCUUUUUGUACACCCUGCCAUGGGCGACUUGCGUCAGUGCCAACAGGCUGUCCGCCUUCCCGACUCCAUCUUGCAAAUUAGGUAUUUCAGGGGUCGGGUAUUUGUGUGUCUUGCUAACGGUCAGAUUGUUGUCUUCCGUCGAACCGUCCGGCCCAAUUCUUUCGUUCCGCAGUCUACAUCACUAGCUUCCUCGCUUCACUCCAGCGGUACUGUGGUUGUUACAUCAUCCAACAUCCCUGACGUACCGUGCGUGGAUAAUCCCUGUACUGCUGGCAACGAUCCCGCUCGCACGGUCGCCUCAACCACAUCAGCUAAUAGUGGAGAUCCUCCAGUUGCCACAUGGGACUUUUCCGAAGCAUGCUUCAUCACCUAUGGGCACACGCGUUCUCGCGUUCGGGAAACCAUCAUCGUCCCUCCCAGUGGGUGUUUAUGGACUUCUUGUUGGAACGAAGUUCUGGUAAUUGACACAACCAGUUUAUCUUUAAUCAGCAGUUUUAAAGUGCGAUCUAGCGGCAGCCAGCAAGUGCAGUACAUGUCUUGGUUUGGUCACGGGGUUUGGGUGGCAAUGCGGCAUGACACCAACAUCCAGCUAUUCCACGUUUUCACGCAGCAGUUGCUCCAAACGGUCGAUGUGGAUUCACUCAUUACGGAUCACAUGCUGAGUUCUCCUCUCCCACUGAUUGGUCGUUGUCAAUCUUCUACACACUCUGUCACCGCUCUUUCGGCGUUCAACACGCAUCUUUGGGUUGGCACAAAUACGGGAUUGAUCAUUACCUUACCCUUCAAGAAAGGGGCGUCUGUCACUUCGCGAUUAUCAACGAAUUCUGUGGGAGCGGAACCAGGCACAAUUCCUCAAGUGUCAAAAGAUCCUGCGACCGACGCCGCCAUGGUGGUUGAAUCAGAAAUGUUGAUCUGUCGCCACCACCACGAGAAGUCGGUGAAGUUCCUCAUCUCCUGCGCUGGUAUGGGUACCAUAACCACACAGUACAUGGAACCGAUGACCUCCACGCCGUUGGACAACCAUAGGCCUACCCCGAUUAAACGGACCACCGCGUUGAAUGCAUCAUCACCUUGCGCUUUUAAUAAUUUAGUGAUUUCCGGAGGUCAAGGCUAUAGCUUUCAUGAUGCAGCAGACGCUUCAGGAUCAAGAACUAACAGGUCAAUAAACGGAAGCCACAUUAUUGUAUGGAAGUCCGCAUAAGUUGAGUUUUUACUAAGCGCCUUCUUGUUUCUCAGACUUCACACGUGGUGCACUGUGUACAUUUCCCUCCAGUCUUUCACUUGUGCCCACGUGACCUACGCGUUUACCCUGCUAUUAGUUACGUGC